AUGGCAAAUAUGGACAUGUCAAAGAUCAUCAAACCUUGGAAGCUGGAUGCCCAUCCGACAUACAUAUUUACCAAUGCAAAGCUGAUCGAUCCUCUGCAAGCACAAGUAAUCGAAAAUGCUACCAUCAAAACAUCCGGAGGCAAAAUCCUAUCAGUUGACACGAACACCAGCAACCCCCCUAGCACAACCGAUGGAGAAAUUGUUAUCGAUCUCAAGGGCAAGUAUAUCUGCCCCGGUCUAAUCGAUUGCCACGUUCACAUCGCCGUUGUCCCCGGAGAAGCAAGCCUCAGCGCAUACAAUUCCAUGACCGAGAGAGUCAGUCUCAUCCGGCAGCCUUGGGUCCUCAAGCCGAUGAUUGAACGAGGAUUCACAUCCGUUCGUGAUUGCGGUGGUGCGACCUUGGCUAUGAAGGAAGCCGUUGACGAAGGGGUUUGCAUUGGCCCUCGGCUCUUCAUUGCUGGCUACGCACUCUCUCAAACCGGUGGCCACGGCGAUAUGCGAUCUUCACACGACCAAAGCCCGUGUUCUUGUGGUGCUGUCUCUGGAAUCAGUCGUAUUGUUGAUGGACCUUCGGAGUGCUUCAGAGUUGCUCGCGAUGAGUUGCGCCAGGGAGCAGACUUUAUAAAGAUCAUGGGUGGCGGAGGCAUUGCCAGUGCUACGGACAAGAUUGAGAACCUUCAAUUCUCCGAUGAGGAGAUCAAAGCGAUUGUUACUGCAGCAAAGAACAAUGGAACCUAUGUCACCAGUCAUAGUUAUACACCUCAAGCUAUUCAACAAGCUAUUCGGCAAGGAGUGAGAGGCAUUGAGCAUGGCAAUCUCAUUGACGCAGAGACGGCUAAAUUGAUGGCUGAAGCGGGUGCUUUCCUCACGCCAACAUUGAUCACUCACGUCAUGUCAAAGCAGCUUAAUUUCCUACCACCAGUGUCGGCAGCAAAGAAUGAUGAAGUCUUGCAAAAGGGUCUUCAUGCCAUUAAGAUCGCAACCGACGCCGGUGUCACAGUGUGUUUCGGUACCGAUCUCUUAGGGCCGCUGCAUUUCGCUCAGAGCAAAGAGUUCUCUGUACGAAGUCAAGUCCAAACACCCGCGCAGAUUCUUCGCAGUGCAACGGUCAACGCGGCUAAGUUGCUGAUGAAGGACAACGAGCUGGGACAGGUUAAAGAAGGAUUCGCCGCCGACUUUAUUGUCUUGAAUGGGAACCCUCUGGAUGACAUUACUGUUUUGGAUCGUACUGAAGAGAACAUUCUAGCUGUUAUCAAGGAUGGAAGGGUGUUGACUUCUAAGUUGACUGAUGUCAAGGUGGAUGUUCUCAAUAGGCCAUAG